UUCGUAUUGAGCACAUCAAAAAUAAUUUUUGAAUUCCUUAAAAAAAUGUCUACACAGGAAAAGAGUUUUGAAAACUUAUUAAAUGGUGACUCAAUUGAUGAUGAAUUUAUCAACGGCAUUGUGGCGAAUAAAUUGAAUGUUCCAAGUUCAAGUUUCAAGGUCACAUUAGUUCUAAUAUCGCCAGCGACUAAACCAAAUGAAAAUUAUCUUGGUCUCGUGUGUCGCACGAAAAUAAAAGUUCGUAUGCUUGAAACAAAUGAAUUUAAAAUUUUAGACGUGAUUGUUAAAGUUGCUCAGGAAAUGACUGAGUCACUCGGUGAAUUGAAUGUCUACCAACGAGAAAAGAUUAUGUAUGAAAAUAUUCUGAGUAAAUUUGAAGGUUUUUUGUUUGAUAAGCUUAGUGAGAAAGUUCGUUUCGGUCCAAGUAUGUUGAUGUUUAAAAAUGAACCAAGUCCAAUUAUCGUUUUGGAUGAUCUAAAAGCAGAAGGCUAUUCAAUAGUUGACCGAAAAGAAGGUCUUUCAUUGGAACAGGCUAAAAGUUUCUUGUCUAAAUUAGCAUCGUUUCAUGCUGCAGGAGCUAAAGUAUUACAAUCGGAAGGGAUGCUUUUCGACUGUUUUGAUCGAAACAAUCCAAAUGCACCUAAAAGCAAUCCUGAAGAUCCUUUAGCAAUUGCUUUUGUUCGUAUGCAUGAAGAGUUUGUGAGUGCAUUGAAAAGCUAUGGAGGAUGUGAUGAAUAUGCUAAUAAAGUUGAGAAAUGGGAUAGAGAUGUUCUUGCUGCAGGCUAUAUGUAUGAAUCAAAACCUAUGAAAUGUGGUCUUCAAGUAUUGAAUCAUGGAGAUGUAUGGACUAAUAAUAUGAUGUUUAAGUUAGAUACAAAUGAAGUUUUAAUAAUUGAUUAUCAAUUAUGCUUCUGGGGAUCUCCUUGUUAUGAUCUCCUUUCAUUCCUUACUGCAUCUGUUCAUGAUGAUGUCAAGGUAAAGCAUUUUGAUGAGCUUGUUGAGUUUUAUUACCGAGAAUUUACUAAAACAUUGGGAAUGCUUGAAUAUUCAAACCAUAUUCCAAGUCUUGAUGAACUUAAGGAAGAUAUUAUGGAUAAAGGAUACAUUCUUGCAGGAUUCCUGAUAUUCCUGUUUUUUGCAAAGUAUUCAUCACCAAAGGAGUUUUCAUUUGACAUGCUUAUGUUUGAAACAGAUGAAGAUGUUUUAAGAGAACUUUACGAUCGAUUAUUCCAAGAUGAAUAUUUUGUAAGAGGUGUUAAAACUUGGCUUCCAUUCAUGAAUGAGCGAGGAUUUUUGGACAUUUUGAUUCCUUCAAAAUAAAAUUCUUGACUUUAUUGUAAAUAAGGGGAUUUGAAGAUUGCA